ACGGGAGAACCGAAAGGGCGCGCCUUCGCAACUGGCUGUCCUCGCCGACAUGGAGUUGAGCUAGUUCGCCAGGUCCUCCUCGCGCGGGCGGGAUUUCCAUUGUCGUGGGGCGCCGAGCCCUAGCCGCCUUUCCCAGCAGCAGCCAGGACACCGGAAGAAGUUCCUGAGCCCGCGAACCUGCAGCGGAAGCGGAAGCCGAACGUUUGUAAGCUAGAACACCUGCCGCUUUAACCCCGUCACUUUAAUCUCAGAUGUGCGGCUCUCUCAGGUGUCUGUAGCUGAGCUGCAACCCAGGGAAGGGAACUGUUGCUAGCUAAAGAGGCCAUAUUUGAUGUUGCUUCCAGAUCUCAUGUCAACGCUGAGCCCUCAGCUACUGGUGGCAGCUGCUCAGCAGACUCUGGGCAUGGGAAAGAGAAAGAGUCCUCCUCGAGCCAUCUGCGUCCACCUAGCUGGAGAGUUGCUGGCUGUGGCCCGGGGACUGAAACCAGCUGUGCUCUAUGAUUGCAACUCUGCAGGAGUAUUGGAGCUUCAGAACUACCUGGGGCAGCUGCAGGGGCUGGGCUUCCUGGCCCUGGGACUUCACAUUCUUGAGAUUGGAGAAAAUAGCCUCAUUGUCAAUCUUAAGCAUGUAUGUGAACAUUUGGAGCAGGUGCUGCUUGGUACCAUAGCCGUGGUGGAUAUUUCCAGCAAACAUCCUCACCCUUCUGUCUGUUCAUUGGACCGGCUUCAGGACUUGAAGGCCCUCGUGACCGAGCUCAUCAUGCAUUUGCAUGGCCUGCAGAGGGACCUGUCUGUAGGUGUCUCCCAUAGCAGGCUCCAUUCCACAGACUGGAAUCUCUGUACUUUAUUUGGGAUCCUCCUGGGCUAUCCUGUGUCUUACACCUUUCACAUGAACCAAGGAAAUGACAACUGCUUAGCCCUAAUCCCAUUACGGGUGUUUACUGCCAGGAUUUCGUGGCUGCUAGGUCAACCUCCAAUACUGCUAUAUUCCUUUAGUAUCCCAGAGAGCUUGUUCCCAGACCUGAGGGAUAUUCUAAAUGCCUGGGAGAAGGAUCUCAGAACCCGAUUUAGGACUCAGAAUGACUUUGCUGACCUCAGCAUCUCCUCUGAGAUAGUGACACUGCCAGUUGUGGCCCUCUGACUUUAAUUCUCCUCCUAUCUAGAAGGUAUUCAGUAAAUAAACAUCUUUGGAUUGGUGAUGUCAAAUAGGAAUCAUGUCAAGUGCCAAUUCCAAGUGUCUUGAGAACAUGAGGGAAGAAUGCUAUGAGCAAUUGGCCACAUAUGCAAAUGGGAAUAGGUGGUGGUGGUGGUGAUAGCAUUGGUAGUACAUGUUUGCCAUUUCAGUACUUGGAAAUCUGUACUUAGCAGAGGUAUCUAUUCAUUUUUCAUUGGAAAGAGGUAGAAGGAAAGGGAUGCUGGAGAAAAGAAAGGGUUGUAGAAGACUAGCAGUAUACCCUUGUAUGGUACUUGCCCUAUGCAAAUAGUGUCUCCUAGGAAAACAGGAGGACUGAUAUGUUGAU